AAAGAACAAAAUUUCAACUUUUUAAAUUUCGCGGCAGAUUUUUUUCUUCAACAACUUCAAUGGAAAAAUAUUUUUGAUUUUUUUUAUCAUUAUCACAUAAUUUAAUGAAUUUGUGUAACAUUUUCCAAGUGAUUGAAGUGAUGAAUUAAGAAUAUUUCUUUGAAACAAAGAUUGUAUGGUUGAAAUAACGCUACUCCCUCGUGAUCUACCAUUGCGGUCCGAUAAUGUCUGAUGAAUGGGUUAUAACACCGCCUUGUUCGCCGGUAUUCGGAAGAAAGAGUUCAGAAAAUAGUAAUUUACAACAAUUGCUAGAUAAGAAUCAUGUUUCUGUUAUAUCUGAUUGGGAUAUUAGAAUGUUUACCUGUAAAGGUGAACUAUCAGAACAUAAUGAUACCUUUCACGAGAAUGGUUACGUGAAGAAGAAUGAUUUACAGUUAUUCGAUCAAGAAUACUCUAAUGCAGUAGUUUUCGACGUUAAUUUCAGUACAAUUAACCUGUUUGGGUUGAACUUUGACAAAGGAUCAGCGUUGUUGAAAGAAACAGAUGAGGUGUUUCGAUUAGCUAAAGCAUCAUUUAUGCAAUUGGACUGUGCAUCGACGAUGAAUGUGAACAGUUUGGGAAUGAAUGUGACAACAACUCGAAAGACUGUAAAUUAUGCUAAAUCCAGGGAAGAUAUCGUGAAUUUUCUACUAUAUGUACGAAACUAUGUACAGAGAAUAUGUAUAUGUAAUAAGUACAAAUGGCUAGCUGAGUCUCUGGUUCCAAAAUUAUACGAAGAGUUGACAACUUUUCGAUUACUGUGCGGACCCAUUACUAGUAUUCCGGAUUACGUUAUAAAUUAUUCAGCUUCUUCAUCGGGUGAUAGAUCCGCUCAAGCAUCCUAUCAUUUUUUUCACUGUCAACUUGAUAUCAGAUGGCUUCACGUAACGCUUCUCUAUCAACUCAUUUCGUUCAAGCAACGUUUUAAAAACGAUAGCGAAGAGAGUCAGUACUACCACCGUGACGUAUUGACUUAUGAAACACUAGAUAAUAAUUUAUUAAUGGUGACUUCCGAUUUAAUUACAAUUGCGUUGAAGCGAUUCCAAACCGUGCAGAUUAAUGAUUUAUACGUCAAACCGUUAUUCACUUGUACUUGUAUUCGAGAAUUUUGGAAACUUUUGCAGUACUCAUCUGACAAAUUGCAUAGUAAUAAGGAAUCUAUGUCUUUUUGGAUGUUGGUAAAUCGCAUUUGUGACGACAUAUUGAGCCCAAAUACCGAACCAGAACCUACAAACUGCUCAGUUUUGAGUAUACCUCGUAAAUACACCUGUUCGAAUCCUACAGCUUUCAUACUCUGGUUAUUGAAAGAUUUAGGAAAAUUAUACAAAAUUGAUAAAUCGGAAUCCAGAAACAAUUACCAACUACUUGAAACUGUUUUGAAAUGCUGUGUCAACGCCGAUAUACCAGAAUCACAAAUGCGAAUAUAUCUCAAUUUAAUAGAGAGCAUAUUAAAAUUCGACUGGGAAAUGAGAACCGAACCUCUAAUCUUACUAUGGGAGUACUUCCAUAAGAAACUAAAUUUACAAUUUUUCAUUCCUGGUGGUAAUAUUGGUGGAUUGGCGGUUAUUAGCAAAAGUGCUCUCGGUUUAUUGACUCAGAUAAACUCAAGACUCGAUACCGCAAAACCUGAAAGAAAUGCCGACAGUUUUCAUUUAUUUCUUCGAUUAUUAGGACGCAGUCUUCGUAAAUGGCAAGAGACCCCACGAUUUUGGAAUCAGUUGAAAGGACGAAUUUAUUCGAAAUUUUCCGCCGCCAAAUUGGCUACUCUAAAUGAGACAGGAUUGUAUCACUUUAUCGCUUUAUUCAUCACAUUAGCUAUGACUGCCGAUUUACAAGAAGUGAGCACGAAGUUACAAUCGUUCUUGAAAUUGUUACCACUCGACUCUCUGGAUCAUAAACGUCUACAAUUGGUUUGGAAAGUUCACAUAUCUUUGGUUCUCUUGUUUGCUGAGCGUAAUCAAGAUAUCAGCGGUGUUUCUAAUUCUCUACUGGAUAUGGUUGACUCAGCGGCAGCUCAGCACGAUUGCUUAAAUUUGAUGAGAAUUUUUUCCGAAGGGUUCCAAGAUCUUAUCGAUUGUACAAAUAAUUUAGAACUGGGACAGUAUAUUUUUAUAGGAAAUUGGAUCCCUCAGUAUUUGUCAAUUUGUGGAGAAUCAGAUGCUAAUCGUCUUCUAGAGUCUUUGCUUACUCUAAUAAAUAAACUUAAUUCGUUAUUAUCGGUACAAAUUCCCGUUAGUCAAGAUAACCAAUUGCUCUUGAUGCACGGUGAAUUAUGGGAACACCUUAUUCCAUAUUUGAAAAAAGAAUGCUGCAGUUCAUCCAGUCCUUAUCAAGUGGCUGAUGUCGCUGCCAUUUUGACUACGUUGUCAUUAAAACCAUGCUUUGCUUCAACUGUUCGAACCAAAGCUGUUGAUUUUUUCAAUUAUAUGAUCACCUGUGAUGUGAUCGAUGUAAGAUUAUUAUGUCGAUAUCUCGGUCAAACCUCUCGUAGUAAUCAUUUGCAUAACUGCUUAAGUAAUAAUAGCAUUAUUUUAAUCAAGGGUUGGCUCAGAUGUUCAAUCUUGACACCGAGCUCUGAAAGCAGCACAGCUGACUUGAACGAAUUCACAAAUUAUGUAAUCACGUUACCAGAACUCGAAUCGUUGUUUUCCGAAACAAACGUCGAGUUCGACGCAAAUAGCGAUCACUUCGAGAUAUUUUUGAAAUCUUUGGAACGCAAAUAUACCUCUGUCCUGGAUUUUCAGUCCAGAACCAGACUCUACAGUCAAGUAGCGGGAUAUUUUGCGAAUACUGAUCGAUGGCUUAAUCACAUAUUGAAAGUGCCCAAAUCGUCUGAAAUCACGACGCACGUUUAUCAAAGUUUCGGUCUGAUGAUGUUCAAAAUUCCUAAUUUAUUGUAUACCAAGUCUCGAUCGAAUACUCUUUUGCAAUGUCUUCUUGAUUUAUUGCUGCUAUCCGUCCAAGCCAGAAAUCCUCAAAAUAGGUUAAAUCCUUUAAUAAGCGAAGCUAUAAAAAAUUCGAUACACUUGUAUAUUCAAGGUUUAUUCAAAUUAGAUCCAUUGAAUGAUUCGUAUAUUAUGAGAAGUAUUCGGGAGCUGGUUACGAUCUACGUGCCUCGUUUAAUUGUUCCAAAAGGUGUCAUAGCAGCGAGCUCCAAUUCCAAACUAUCCAUAUUGAAAUGUUUCGAAAACGGCGAAAAUUGCAUUCUCAUUAGAAAAACCAUCCUUGAAGUUCUAUGCAUCACGUACAUCAAAAAAAGAGCCAAAUCACCGCAUCAGUUCGCAUAUCAAACACUGAUAUUCUUCAACGAACUAAUAAGAAUGUACAGAAAUACACUCGAAGUGAUUGAAUGUUUCGUAAAAUUCGCUAUGGAAAGCAUCUGCGACGUGUUUAUGUUCUGCGAUGACCUCAGUCCAUGUAAAAGAGAAUCUAAAGACAUAAUACAUUUCAUCAUGGACAUGCAUAUGUUACGAAGCGAAACAACUUUAGGAAACGAACUUAUGAAUUUGUUCUCAAGAUUGUGUCACGAACAUUUAGCAUUUAAUGCGCGAGUAUUGUUCGAUCUAUUUCACGAUAUUGUUGGAACUGCUCCCGAUCUCGUGGCUCGAUUUACUCCACAGUUCUUGGAAAAAAUUAAAGAAGUCGAACAUAAACGGGGAGUUGGAUUUGAUCGAGCGUUGAGGAAAGGACUGGAACGUAUUGAUGAAGCGUUGAAGAAUAUUAGAAAUAAUCAGAAGUAUAUGUAAAUAUGGCGGGUUUGUUUAUUUUUUGUAAUUGUGAUUUUAUACUUAUUCAUGUGUCAAUUAAUUUGUACAGAAUUUUAUAAUAAAUUGUUCUGUGAAUCGAU